CCUUGGUUGAGCAUGGAGCUCCUAGUCCGCAAGGCUGGCUCAUGCCGCGCAAGAAGCGAUAUCGCACCUACUCCCAAAGACGCCAGCCCGAAGGCAGUCAAGAUUCAGUGGACGCCACGCUGCCCGCGACUGCACUCACACUCCGGGCCUUCCAUCAGGGGCAGGACGAGGGCGGCCAACGACAGCUGUGCCCAUCAACACCACUUCUCCGCCGCGCUACAGGUCAGAUCUUCUCCUCACCGGUGCAACCGCGGCAAGUUGGUGGCGGAGCCCGCGUAGAUAUCGUGUCAGAUAUCACCCAGAAGCCACGCCGCAGAGGUCGAAGGAAGCAAACAGAGAUCAACGAGCGACUCUCCUGUUUACGUGGCCAUUGUAACGCCAGCCACUAUGCCGAUCUUGAAUCAAUCUAUCGGGCCUUCGAGGCUCUCCUGAUUGCGACUGCACCGCAGGCAACACCGCAGAAAGGCGGACACAGCUUGUUAGGCAUCUGCUUGCGCAGGAUGCCAGAUUACAUUGCCGGCGUCGAGGCUUGGGAGAUGGACGAAGCCAGGACAUCUGGCACAGGCUCAGCCAGGGAAGGCAUAAACACCUCGUCACGCAUCUAUAACGACCUAGAAAUGCUCGGUGCGAGUACCGGCUGGAAGCACUUGCGUUCUGUUGCGCUAGCUGAUGGCGUAAGGGCUCUGGCACUGGCAAUAGAAGAGGGUCUCUGGAUGUCCGAGUUCACAAAAAUAUUGGCCAAUCUUUGUGUGCAGUUUGGCGCUUUGAAGGAGGCCGAACGUCUUCUCAGCGCCUUAUCUAGUUGCAUGAUGGCGCAGGUGGCUACAACAAACCACGUCAUACCAGGACGGCACGAUCUGCUCCCACAUACUCUUCUGCUCAAUUUUGCUCGCGAGGUUGGACGGAAAGCCUAUGUGCUCGAACAGUACCGCCAGCUUGUUGUUCAUGAAGCCUUCUCCAUGGAUUGGCUACAGUCGGACGAGUUCAAUAGCGUGUGGGAGCUGGCUGUUGGCGCUUUGUCCAAAGGCUCCGCAGCCAGCCAUGCUGUUGAUUUUCUGACAACCCUGGUAAUCGUCAUAGGGCAACGUCUACCACGGAGCGCCGCCAUGCGACGUGCAAAGAGUCACGGUGCAGAUAUCGCUACUUCGCAACAUCGCGCCGUCAUUGGCGCUUUAUCAGCUAUGGCUUCGAUGAGCUUCCUAGGUGAACAUAGGUCACCCGAAUUUUUGCAUACCCGAGAAAGAACUAUGCGAGUCGGCAGCAGGCUCCGAUACAUCCUUCGCGCGUGCAUAUGCAGCUUCCGACAACGACGGAAACACCUUUCACACAUGGGCUACAGCUUGACUUGCCUCGCUUUGCUUUGCUCAUCGACAACAUUGCGGGAUGAGACUAUUGAGAUCGAUCUCGCAUUGAGCUUGAGCGGACUUUGGAGUGAGCGUACCACACUCUGCGCAGGCUGGACACCUCGCUGGCGUGAGCAUUUUGAUAUCUUGGUAUCACUCGUGUCUUCCAUAGCGGUAAACUGCAGUCGCGCCACAGUAGAACCGCCACAGCACUUCUUGGAUAUAUUUGCCUGCCGCUUACAACAGCUGAAUUUGGACAAUGGUGUCGUGGAUGCCCUCAAGACAGCUUCUGCUUUUCACCUGGCCCAGCAAACAAAUAGCGUUCGGGAUCUCAUAUAUGCCGAGAACCUGCAGCGGCCCAACGCUGCGAAUGCACAGCACCAGAGCAAUCCAGCGAUCACGCCAGUCAAGACAGCGUCACAGAUGCUCUUCACAGGAUAUGCCUGGGACGAAACUAUCGGUGAAUGGGUCACAGCAACACCAGCCACGACGAAGUUGGCAGAGCGGACGCCACAGCGAACGCGAAUGGAGCAGGACUCCGAAGACAGCGAAGAUGACCUGUCGCUUGAUACGAUUGAGACACCGCAAGCCCGGUCCUCCCUCCCAAUCACGCCGUAUACUACCCGCUCAGAAUUAGGGCCAAGGUCGGCCGACUUCGCUCGAUUUAAGAGGCAAGGUUGCGCUAGACUUCAAGCACGCCGAUCACUACCGGCAAACAUCCACACAUCCUUAGCUGUUGAACAGCUGGACUCGAGCUCUGACGCUGUCUCUGAAGACACUGAUUCGGACGAAAGAAAUGCCUUAUGGGCGGAGGACGAGCUUGCUCGAGAUUAUUACAAUGACGAGGAGGAAACCGACGACGGAGCUCCCUCAACAAAACAUGUCGGCGUAAAGCGACGCCGAACCCACUCGGACUUGUUCGCUACAACUCGCAAUAGGAGUCGGAAUCGACACAGUGUUGUAUCACACACUAUUUCGUGCAGCUUUGUCGGAGAUUCGAGCAGCGAUGAUGAGCUUGGGCUGUGAGCAAGGCAUUGGUCAGGGUUUAUGCAGGCUAGCAUUUGUGGUGAUAUAGACCUGUCCUGGCAAGUUCUCAGUAUUUCUUUCUGUAUAGCACUAUAUCCAGGAUAAUCGCAAUGUUUGGCAUCUUCAAACUCGCCGUUCGGGUGCAUAACCACCCAGUGCCUCCUGGCACGUUUGAACAAGUAAAACCAUCAGGUUUCGUGAACUUUGAGUCAUCCUGGCCCCAAGACUCUAUACAACUAG